AUGAAACAUCAAAAAGUGAAACCACAGUCAAUGAAAAAAAGAGCAGGUAAAGUGAGUAGAAAAGGAAAAGAAGGCAGGCAAUAUGGCAGUUGUUUAAAUGUGCAAAAUGAAGACACAGGUGAAAUUAAUUGGUUAGAUUUCAAAAGAUGUGUGAGUGAAUGGCAACCGGUUGUUGAAGCCAAUGACACUGAAAAAGUAUUAUUAGCAAUAAAAGCAACUAUUGAAGACGAGGUCUUGAAUGCGAAAUUUAAAGAAUUAACCAACUGGCAAGACAACAAUGUUUUCUCCACUGUUGAAGACAGAGGUCAAUCUACAAUAUCCACAAGAUGGGUAAUCACAACAAAAAAUAUAGAGGGCAACAAAAUUGUCAAAGCUCGUUUGGUCAUAAGAGGUUUUGAAGAAGAGGAGGUUCAAAAUCUGACGAUCCCCAACGAUUUCAAAAGAAAGUCUGCGAAUUGUAACCCGAUUGAUAGAGAAGUAAUUAUAAAGCCCCCAAAGGAAGCAAACGUAAAAGGGGUUCUUUGGAAAUUGAAUAAAGUAGUGUAUGACCUUGCUGAUGCUUCAAGAGCUUGGUAUUUACGAGUAAAGGAACAGUUAAUUGAUGACUGUUGUCAAGGAUUGAUCGUAAUACAUGUUGAUGAUUUUCUUUGGGAAGGAUCAGGAGAUUUUCAAGUAAAAGUCAUUGCAUCCAUUAGAAAAAUAUUUCGGGUUGGGUCAGAGAAUUGCAGUAAUUUUAAAUAUGUUGGAGUCAACAUACAACAAUUCGAUAGUUCUAUUGAGUAUGACCAAAGCAAAUAUGUGGCAAGCAUGGAACAGGUUGAGAUUCAAAGCACCAAAAACAAACAUCAAGAACUCUCACAUGAAAAGCAAUCUAAGUUUCGAUGUAUUUGUGGUCAAUUAAAUUGGGUAUCUUCUCAAUCAAGGCCAGAUAUUUCUUUUGAUGUUUGUCAGUUAAGCACAAAGUUAAACCGUGCAAAUGUUGAUGAUGUUAUGAGAGCUAAUAAAUUGUUGAAACCUCCAUUACAAUUAAUCUUGUACGCUGACGCCUCAUUUGGAAAUCUACAUGACGGAAGCUCUCAAAGUGGAAUUUUUGUUUUUCUUAAAGGUGUUGAGAACACCAUGACACCUAUCACAUGGCAGUCAAAAAAGAUUAAGAGAGUUGUGCGUAGCACACUUGCAGCAGAAACCUUAGCACUUGUUAAUGGUAUUGAUGCAUAUAACAAAUCUUUGUAUGAAGCUGCAUAUUCAACAAAAGCUUUAGAAGAUAAGCGAUUAAGAGUUGACAUGGCUUCUCUCAGACAGAGUACCAAUCAAAAGGAAGUUAUAUUGAAGUGGAUUCCCACCAAACAUCAGUUAGCAGAUGUGUUAACAAAGCAAGGAGCAAAUAGCACACUUCUACUGAAUAAUUCAUUGCUGAAACACCACUUAACACUUGGCGUCACACAACUAAGGACCCAAGAAAGAAUAGUCUUCGGUAACUAUUUGAUCAAGACAAGAAUAGUAGAGGGCAUUGGUGAAAAGCCAAUUUCUCCCCAGGACCACUAUACUAAGCGAGAGAACUGUGAAGAUAACCUACAGAUUUGCGAGAUGAAGAAUAAUUGCUAUGUUCACAUUGCUGCCUCAUAUUUUUGA